AUUUUGCGAUGCCACGAGAAGAGGUUGCAGAUCUUGGAACAGCUCACCACGUGUAAUCGCGCACUCACUCUUUCAGUCGCUCCUGACAAAAGCUUGCGAAUCCUGUGUGUCUCGCUUUACUAGCGGCCAUCUUUCUCUUUGUCUGCAUCGUGCAGCUGAGCCACGCAUGUCUUCUUGCAGCGACAUCCCAAUGAAGCAGUUCAUUGUCAGCAUUAACGACCAGCUGCCAAACGCUCAAAAGUUUAUCAUCUACGACCUGGACGACACGCACCUCUUUGUGCAGCCCCAUGUGGCAGACAUGCUGCAAAACAAAGUGAAGGACUUUUUGGACAAGAUUACAUAUGAGAAACCAGCCUAAGAAUACUCAAAUUCACAAGUCUACUUUUGCCCUGCUAUCUAGCACAUCACCCCCAAGUAACCACUUUAAAGCCCUAACCUCCUGCCAAGGUCGCGAAGGAGCUCUGUCACAACCCACACGCAGUUUGAGUAAUGCAGAUCCUUAGGAUGGAUCACCCUUCAGUUGUGCAACUGCCCGCCGCGCUUUUCUCAAAAGUCUUCGCUACAGUAGAAUCCUAUCUGACUGCCUUUGCUACUGAAGUGUUGAAAGCGGGCCCGAUUCCAAGGCAUGUUGCCUUCAUCAUGGACGGAAACCGGAGGUAUGCAGACCGCAGCAAGAUUGACCGGCGUUCGGGCCACGUGAGCGGGUAUGCCAGCUUGAUGAAGACCUUAGAAGCGUGCUUGAACCUGGGGGUGGAAGUGAUUACAGUGUACGCCUUUAGCAUUGACAACUUCAAGAGGUCUCCAGAGGAGGUGUCUGCCCUUAUGGAUCUAGUGGAGGAAAAGCUGAUUGCUCUGGCCAAAGAAACAGAGCUCAUCAACAAAUAUGGGAUCUGUGUGAAGCUGGUUGGGAACACGAGCCUCCUCCCGGAAGCUGUCCAGCGGGCCGGCAAGCAUGCGGAAGCAGUGACUGGCCACCAUUCGCGCUCCCGCCUCAACCUCGCACUCGCAUACACCUCCAGGGACGAGAUUCGGCACGCGGUCGAAUGUGUCCGAGAUGAUUUCGUAGCAGGAAGUCGGCCCUCUUCGGAGGUUAACCAGGACCCUCAUGCCCAAAGCAGCGGGCGACCCUUCCAGGCGGCCAUCGAGGAGCACCUUUACACGUCAGGAUGUCCCCCUGUCGACCUUCUUGUGCGGACAUCUGGGGAAGCCAGGCUUAGCAACUUCUUGUUGUGGCAGUCGUCUUCGGCGUGCUUGGCAUUUUGUCAAGCGCUUUGGCCGGAGUUCUCCUUCAGACACUUAGUGUGGGCCGUCCUCGAGUAUCAACGAGCAAAACCGUGGUUGUAGCUGCCAUCCUGAUUUGACCCGAAUGCGUCCCGAGCAUCUCAAUUGUGCUGAGUCAAUCAAGGUUCUGACUGGUCGAGCGCCA